UAUUAAGUUUAUCCAUUACAUUAGUAAACAAUGGCUCUCAAUAGAAAAAUUACUUUAAACACUGGCAAGGAGGUGGAUAUUGUUGGCCUCGGAACAUGGUUGUCCAAGCCCGAUGAAGUUAGAAAGGCUGUUAAGUAUGCACUCGAAAACGGAUAUCGUCAUUUGGAUUGUGCUUAUGUCUAUCGUAAUGAAGAUGAGGUUGGUCAAGGUAUCAGAGAAUCUGGUGUUCCCCGUGAAGAUAUCUUUAUUACAUCAAAGCUCUGGAAUACUCAUCAUCGUAAAGAAUACGUAAAGUCAGCUGUUAAGGCUUCUCUCAAGGCAUUAGGUGUUGAUUAUCUCGAUCUUUACUUGGUUCACUGGCCUGUGUCUUUUAUUAACCCAGGAACACCCGAAGAAACACCUACUGUUCCUACAGUUGAUUAUCUCAUUCCUAAAAAGGACGGUAAGCUUCAAGUUGAAUCUGUUGAUCCUUUAGAGACAUGGAAGGCUAUGGAAGAGCUCGUCGAAGAAGGUUAUGUCAAGGCUAUUGGUCUUUCUAAUUAUAAUAUUGAAAAAAUCAGUAAUGUAUUGAAGCAUUGUAAAAUUCAACCAAGUAUGUUACAAGUUGAGCUUCAUCCUGCACUCCUCCAAACGGAGUUAGUAGAAUUCUGUCAUGCCAACAAGAUUGCCGUUACUGCUUAUUCUCCUCUUGGAAACAAUGUUUAUGGCGAAGACCGAGUCGUAGAUGAUCCCAUUAUUGUAUCAAUUGCCAAAAAACUACAAAAGUCACCUGCUCAAGUCUGUAUUUCUUUUGCUGCCCAAAGAGGUAUUGUUGUCAUCCCCAAAAGUGUCACACCCAGCCGUAUCUCCGAAAAUUUCCAAGAUUUUGUGCUAAAUCAAGAAGAUUUUGAUGCCAUCGCCUCCUUAGGAUCAAGAAAUAUUCGUUAUAAUGAUCCCGGAGAAAAGGAGUGGUUUGUGGAGAUUUUUUAAAUUACAUAAAUAAUAAAACACUUGGGUUCCUUCAGGUGUCUGAUGAAAUUAAACACAUACUUUAUAAAGUUCCCAGACAAAUCAAAAAGUACCAAGCAAAAUUGUUUGUUUAAUUGGAAGUGUCCCAAUAACACGCUUGGUGUCAUGUAUUUACUUGCGUCAAAUGUCUUAGAUCUUCCACAAACUGAUGAAGAAAAAAUAAUAAUGUUAAGCAAGAUUGGAAAUUGGAAAUCAAUAGCAGUAUCGCUAGAAAAUGGGAAAAAGUAUUACAUGCUCG